UGGCGAGAUGGCGGCUGGACUCUAACAGACAUUUAUUGGUGGUCAUCAAAUCGCCAUCAGAGCAGGUUUUUCUGUGGUGGAGUCCAGGACGUCUGCUGCAGUCAUGUUCAGGAACAGCUUGAAGAUGCUGCUGACGGGGGGGAAGGCCAACCGCAAGAGCCGCAGCAGUGAUGGAGGGAGCGAGGACUUGGCAGAUCCCCGUUCGCCCAGUCUAGAACCUCACCUGAGCCACAUCGGCCAAGGUGGCAGCAUCGACAGCGACUGUGCCUUCGAAGGAGACUACGCCGUGCCGCCGCUCUCCAUGACCGAAGGCAUGCAGCACAUCCGCAUCAUGGAGGGCGUGUCGCGCUCGCUGCCCUCCUCCCCGCUGCUCACCCACCAGGCCAUCAGCGUCCGGCUGCAGCCGGUGAAGAAGCUCACAGCACCUCUGCGGAAAGCAAAGUUUGUGGAGAGCCCUCGCAUUCCACACUCAGAGCUUGGCUCCCCUACAUAUUCCUCCACCUCUGCCAAGAAUCCAGACCUGGACACAUACUGCCCUGGGGAGUCAAGCCAGGAGCUGGGCCCCCCUCCGUCGGUGGAUGAGGCAGCCAACACAUUGAUGACGCGCCUGGGUUUCCUUCUGGGAGACAAAGUGAGUGAGGGGCCAGCCGGUGCCCAGUACAGCAUGGAGGAACCCGAGGCGAGACAGGGCCAGAACCAGAGGAUCAGCCCCUGCUCCACCCUGACCAGCAGCACCGCCUCCCCCCCUGCGGGCAGCCCCUGCUCCACCCUCCCCCCCGCCAUGCCCGGCCAGGCGGGCAGCAAGGACUGUGCCUACGGGUCGGUGACCAGCCCCACCUCCACGCUGGAGAGCCGGGACAGCGGCAUCAUCGCCACUCUGACCAGCUAUUCUGAGAACAUGGAGCGAGGCGGCAAGUACGGCGAGGGGUCGCGGGGGAACCUGAAGCUGUGGCAGUCCCAGAAAUCAGGCAUGGACUCCUUCCUGUACAGGGUGGACGAAAACAUGACCGCCUCCACCUACAGCCUCAACAAAAUCCCCGAGCGCAGCCUGGAGAGCAUGUCCUCCCACUCCGCCCACUCCAUCCCCCUGUACCUCAUGCCCCGCCCCAACUCUGUGGCCGCGACCAGCUCGGCCCACCUGGAGGACCUGGCCUACCUGGACGAGCAGAGGCACACGCCGCUGCGCACCUCGCUGCGCAUGCCCAGACAGAGCACCACCUGCGGGCCGGGUCGCUCCGGGCAGGAUCUGAGAGCUUCUGCAAAUAACACCCAUGCCUGGCAAUCCCAGUCACUGCGUUUCGCCCCGUACCGACCCCACGACAUCGCCCUCAAGCCCCUGCUGUUCGAGGUGCCCAGCAUCACCAUGGACUCCGUCUUCACGGGCCGCGAGUGGCUCUUCCAGGAGAUCGACGCCUACCUCAACAACCCCAACACCGGCGCCAACCAGGGCGUGGUGGUGGUAGGCAACAUCGGCUUCGGCAAGACGGCCAUCAUCUCCCGCCUGGUGGCGCUCAGCUGCCACGGCACCCGCAUGAGGCAGAUUGCCUCGGACAGCCCUCAGGCCUCGCCCAAACAUGGAGAGGGGCUCCCCCUCACCCAGCCUCAGCCCACGCACGGCACCCUGGGAGGAGGCAGCUGUCCCGGGACCCCCGAGAUGAGGCGGCGUCAGGAGGAAGCCAUGAGGAGGCUGGCAUCUCAGGUGGUGGCGUACCAUUACUGCCAGGCGGAUAACGCCUACACCUGUCUGGUGCCCGAGUUCGUGCACAACGUGGCGGCUCUGCUGUGCCGCUCGCCGCACCUGGUGGCCUACAGGGAGCAGCUGCUGCGGGAGCCGCACCUCCAGAGCGUCCUGAGUCUGCGCUCCUGCGUCCAGGAUCCCCUGGCCUCCUUCAGGAGGGGCGUCCUCGAGCCCCUGGAUGCACUUUACAAAGAGAGGAAGAUCAACUCCGACGAGGACCUGAUCGUCCUCAUCGACGGCCUCAACGAGGCCGAGUUCCACAAGCCGGACUACGGAGACACCAUCGUGUCCUUCCUCACCAAAACCAUCAACAAAUUCCCUCCCUGGCUCAAACUGGUGGUCACGGUCCGAACCACGCUGCAGGAGAUCACCAACGCGCUGCCGUUUCACCGCAUCUCCCUGGACGGUCUGGAGGAGAACGACGCCAUCGACCAGGACCUGCAGGGCUACAUCCUGCACCGCAUCCACAGCAGCCCGGAGAUCCAGAACAACAUCUCGCUCAACGGCAAGAUGGACAACACCACCUUCGGCAAGCUCAGCGCUCACCUCAAGGCCCUGAGCCAGGGAUCCUACCUGUACCUCAAACUCACCUUUGACCUCAUUGAGAAGGGCUACCUUGUUCUUAAAAGCUCCAGCUAUAAGGUGGUUCCCGUGAACCUGGCGGAGGUGUACCUGCUGCAGUGCAACAUGCGCUUCCCCACGCAGUCGUCGUUCGAGCGGGCGCUCCCCCUGCUCAACGUGGCCGUGGCCUCGCUCCACCCGCUGAACGACGAGCAGAUCUACCAGGCCAUCAACGCCGGCUCGCUGCAGGGCACGCUGGACUGGGAGGACUUCCAGCAGCGCGUGGACAACCUGUCGGUCUUCCUGGUGAAGAGGAGGGACGGGACGAGGAUGUUCGUUCACCCCUCCUUCAGAGAGUGGCUGAUCUGGAGGGAAGAGGGAGAGAAGACAAAGUUCCUCUGCGAUCCGAGGAGCGGGCACACCCUCCUGGCCUUCUGGUUCUCCCGGCAGGAGAACAAGCUGAACAGGCAGCAGACGAUUGAGCUGGGCCAUCACAUCCUCAAAGCACAUAUCUUCAAGGGUCUCAGUAAGAAAGUCGGAGUUUCCUCAUCCAUCUUGCAGGGCCUGUGGGUCUCCUACAGCACGGAGGGCCUUUCAGCUGCGCUCUCGUCUCUGCGAAACCUCUACACUCCCAACAUCAAGGUGAGCCGGCUGCUGAUGCUGGGCGGAGCCAACGUGAACUACCGAACGGAGGUGCUGAACAACGCGCCCGUCCUGUGCGUGCACUCCCACCUGGGCUACAUGGACAUGGUGGCCCUGCUGCUGGAGUUCGGCGCCUCCGUCGACGCCCAGUCGGAGAGCGGCCUCACGCCGCUGGGCUACGCCGCCGCCGGGGGUCACAUGGCCAUCGUGACCGCGCUCUGCCGCAAGAGAGCCAAGGUGGACCAUCUGGAUAAGAACGGCCAGUGCGCCCUGGUGCACGCCGCCCUCCGGGGCCACAUGGAGGUGGUGAAGUUCCUCAUCCAGAGCGACUGGAGCACGGCGCCCCCGCAGCAGCAGUCCCCUCAGAGCCAGCAGCAGGCCGCCCUCACCAAGAACCACGCCGUGCAGCAGGCGCUCAUCGCCGCCGCCAGCAUGGGAUACACAGAGAUUGUCUCCUACCUGCUGGACCUGCCGGAGAAAGAUGAAGAGGAGGUGGAGAGGGCGCAGAUCAAUAACUUCGACACGCUGUGGGGCGAGACGGCUCUGACUGCAGCCUCCGGUCGGGGGAAGCUGGAGGUCUGUCGCCUCUUGCUGGAGCAGGGCGCCGCCGUCGCUCAGCCCAACAGACGAGGCAUCGUUCCGCUGUUCAGCGCCGUGCGGCAGGGACACUGGCAGAUUGUGGACCUCCUCCUCACGCACGGGGCCGACGUUAAUCUGCCGGACAAGCAGGGUCGCACUCCGCUGAUGAUGGCCGCCUCCGAGGGACACUUGGGCACCGUUGAGUUUCUGCUAGCUCAAGGAGCCUCUCUGUCUCUGAUGGAUAAGGAGGGCCUGACUGCUCUGAGCUGGGCCUGCCUCAAAGGCCAUCUGCCCGUGGUCCGCUGCCUGGUGGAGAACGGAGCCACGACAGACCACGCCGACAAGAACGGCCGCACGCCGCUCGACCUGGCUGCUUUCUACGGCGACUCUGAAGUGGUCCAGUUCUUGGUGGACCACGGCGCCAUGAUUGAGCACGUGGACUACAGCGGGAUGCGGCCUCUGGACCGGGCGGUGGGCUGCAGGAACACGUCGGUGGUGGUCGCCCUGCUCAAGAAAGGAGCCAAGAUAGGAUGUCAGACGCUGCCCAGUCGGCCCCGAGGUCCAGCCACGUGGGCCAUGGCCACCUCCAAACCCGACAUCAUGAUCAUCUUACUCAGCAAGCUCAUCGAGGAGGGGGACGGUUUCUACAAGAAGGGGAAGGUGAAGGAGGCUGCACAACGCUACCAGUACGCUCUGAAAAAGUUUCCCCGCGAAGGCUUCAGCGAGGACCUCAAGACGUUCAGGGAACUCAAAGUAUCGCUCUUCCUCAAUCUGUCCCGAUGUCGGAGGAAAAUGAAUGACUUUGGGAUGGCUGAGGAAUUUGCUACCAAGGCACUGGAGCUGAAACCAAAAUCGUACGAGGCGUACUACGCCAGAGCGCGCGCCAAGCGUAGCAGCAGACAGUUUCCUGAAGCCUUAGAGGACCUGAACGAAGCCAUGAAGCAGUGCCCGAACAACCGGGAGAUCCAGCGGCUGCUCCAGAGGGUGGAGGAGGAGUGUCGCCAGCUCACCCAGGAGGAGCACCAGCAGCAGGACCUGGAGCUGGAGCCUCCGCCCUCCCCUCCUCCUACGCCUCCCCCAGAAGAGGAGGAGUCCCUGUCCAUGCCUCUGCCCCCUCCCCCGGAGCCCCGUCUGGAGGACAUGGAGCCCGUGCAGGACCUGUUUGAGGACGAGGACUACCUGGAGCAGGAGCUGGAGGCCAUGUCCAUGGGUCUGCCUCCGCCCGAGUCCCUCGCCAACCCCUCCAGCCUCCCCAUCAUCCAGAGCCCCCCGCUGUCCCCCACACAUCCCGAUCAGAUUUACCUGGCCGGAGGUUCGCCCAUGGGUCAGCCGUACGAGUACCACCCCACGUCCUCCUCCAUGUCCUCCCCGACCCGGGGCUCGUACCAGGCCACGUCGCCCUCGCUCUCCCCGACGCACCAGAACUCCCACUAUCGCCACAGUCCUCCGCACACCUCCCCCGUGCACCAGCCCUCCUACCGCUUCAGCCCGCCGCCCAUGGGGACCGGGGACCACCAGAGCCCCCCGCCCUCCCCGUUACGCCGCUCCGCUCAGUACAGAGCCAGCCCGCCGCUGGAGAGCGUUUGUCUGUACAGGUCGCAGUCCGGCUCGCCCGUGCGCUACCAGACGGAGCAGCUCCCCGGCCGGCCCAAGUCCCCCCUCUCCAAGAUGAGCAGCCAGCGCUCCUUCCAGCUCAGCUCGCAGCCCUCCAUCUCCUCCCAGCACCACCAGGCCCAAGGACUCCGCCUCCAGCCCUCCAUAGCGCAAAUCGUUCGCACAAACCAGCCCAGCAGCGUGAUGGGAAACAGCAGCUACGGCGGCCCGAUGGGCCACUCCAUGGGCGGUCGCUACCAGGGCGGCUCGGUGGACAUGGAGAGCCGCCUGGUGUACCAGCCCUCUCUGGACGGCCGCUCCAUGCCCCAGGUGCAGGCCAGCGUCAGCUCUGGGGCCCUCUGUCAGCACGGCGGCCGAGGAGGGGUUAUGGAGUCGAGCCUGUUGAAGGAUGAACUACCCCAGCGCCCCUCCUCUGCCUACCGCGCCAGCAGCGGGGGCCCGGGGGGCAUCCGUUACAGCCAAACGCCGCAGAUCAGCCGCAGCCAGUCCGCCGCCUACUACCCGGUCUCUGAGCACGUGCUGGAGCGUGCCAACGCCAUGCCCUCCUGCCAGCUGGGCUCUCCGGAGAUCCCCCACAUGGUGAGACGCCCUGUAAGUGCCAAUACUACUGAGAUGAAGCAGCACGUGCCCACCCCCAGGCCCCUCAUCCACUCUCAGAGCGUCGGCCUCCGGUUCUCCCCCUCCAGCAACAACAUCUCCACUGGAUCCACCACCAGUCUGGCUCCGGGCUUCAGGCCGUCCUCCUCCAUCCCGCAGAUGGAGAUCCCGUUGCAAGCCACGUACGAGCGCGCCUGCGACGACAUCUCCCCCAUUUCCCCGUCCCAGGGCGGCGGGGGGCUGUAUCAGGGCGAGCCCACGCGCUCCCGGAACACACCCUUCAUGGGCAUCAUCGACAAGACGGCGCGGACUCAGCAGUACCUGCAGCAGCCCUCGCGGUCCAGGGCCAUGACCUCCAUGGAUUCUGCGAUCAGCCCCACCUCCCCCGGCCAGCUGGUCCACCAGGGCUCCACCUACAGCCCCCCGGCCUCGCUGGGCAACAUCGCCUACUACAACAAGACCAACAACGCCCAGAACGGGCACCUGCUGGAGGAGGACUACUACUCCCAGACCCAGCCGCCGUCGCUCGGCAAGCUGGCCAACGGCUCGCGGGGCAGCGGGGACAUCAUGGAGCGGGUCAGUCAGGUGCCCACCUACCCAGACGUGAAGGUGGCGAGGACUCUUCCCGUGGCGCAGGCCUACCAGGACAACAUGUACCGCCAGCUGUCCCGCGACUCCCGGACCCAAGGCCCCACAUCCCCCAUCAAACCAAAGAGACCGUUUGUGGAGUCGAAUGUCUGAUUGGACGGUUGGACUCGGACUGUUAGUGGAAGCGAGAGAGAUGGAGAGAGAGAGAGAAACGAUACUUAGCUCGAUAUGUGACCUGUGUGUGUGAGAGAUGGACAAACCCAGCUUAAAGAACUCACUAAGAACACACAUGCACAUACACAUACACACACACACGCAAACACAAACACACACCACACUUAGGUUAUCAGACGAUAUCUUCUAUGAAAAUAUAACUGGCAGUGAGAAGGGAACCGUUCAUCAUCAUAUUCGGCACACAGGUAGGAGAACGGGAGGCUUCUGGCCUUCUUCUGAAUCAAAGACCGAUGUGCGGCACAAAGACCCCCCCUCCCCCCCCCCUCCCCCACCCCCCAGGUGACCCCAGCGGGCGGGACUGUGAGUGUGAAAGUACGACUCAUCGGACUCUACUUGUGGACUCUAUCCAUCUUCUGUUCUUUCAAAGUGUGCUCUUAACCAAGGUUGCUAGUAGGCUCUAUUCUAUGUAAAACAAUAUUCUAUGUUCAAUACUGUACAUUGCUCAGAAGAAUACAAAAAGGCUCAACAACUCAGUACUUAGAGAAAAAUGACAAUAUUUAUAAUUAAGUUAUAUAUUGUACAUAGAAAGAAAAAAAGAAAUAGUUUGCAUUUUGAAUUUAACUCCGUCGACCCCUCCUCUGCAUCGCGCUGCUCGUCACAGAAAGCCAGGCCAGUGAAACGAGGGAUUCGCCCGAACUUGGAACGAUACGAUCGCCUCUGUCGCGUCGGAAUUGAAGCUCUUCGCCGUGCUGUCUGCAAAGCGCUGCGCUGAUUUCUGUCCAAAGCAGCCCGUCGGCUGUGCGGCCCGGGUUUUCAAAAGCCUUCGUUCGGCACGAAAACGAUCAAACAGGGUUUAAAUUCACUGGAGAAGCUUUACGUUUAGAUGGAAAAGUCUGUUUGUUUUCACAGCAGUUACAUAAAAGUUACAAUUUCUUUUGGUUUUCAUUUUGUUUUUAACCUUGUAUGUUGUGAAAGGCGCCUGUGAAUAAAAUGCAUUAUUAUAACUGUGAUUAAAAUCUGUUAAUUAACCCUGAAUAAUUAAGCCUUUCGAGGCCACUCACUGAAAUGUGCGUAAAAAGAACAUUUUAACUGUGAGGUGUGAUUGAAUUUAAGGUACAAGAUUCAGUAUUACGUAAAAAUGACCGAAACUGCUAAUAUUUCAUCGUGUGAGAAAAGUUAGACUUGAUCUGACAUUGACUAUUGUUGUGUAGCUAAAACAAAAAAACACUAAAUAUGGUUUAUUAGAUUAUAGUAUAACAUUUAUGUUUGAAUAUAUAUAUUUGUGACAUUACUAUUUUGAAGAUAAAUGCAUCAGUCAGGUUUGAAGAAGAGUCUCUGCUGUUCAUGUUUCCUAUAUCCAAGUGAUUCUCUCAGCCAGUUUAGAAGAAAACACAGAAAAAGGCACAACUUAUGGUCUCUUGUCAUAAAGAUUAGGAUUUUAUUAGCACGAUGCAAAGUGAACCAACAGAGGAGAAAUCAGCAGUUUGUGUUUAAAAGAAGUUCUACCAUCAGGAUUUUGUUGAAACAUCUUUCCAAACUGGCGUUAGUGAGAUCAGACUUUGACUUCCUGGACUCAGAAUGAGUCUUUUUUAGUCCUGAGAUGACUUCAGUUCUGUGACUGGUGCUGUGCUUUGGCUGAUUAUAUCUGUAGCUCCCUAACUUUUAGUUUCUUCUCUCUUUCUUUGCCGUGAUUAUUCAGGUAAAUGAUGCUUUAGACCUAAACCUCUGAAUCGAAUGUAAUAACCUCCGGUGUGAACCUCCUGUUUGUCCAGACGACGCGGAUCGCUGACGAACGGAGGCGAUUGUAUCGCGCCCGGUUCCCUCGCUGACGACGGGUUAACGCGGACAGCGCACAGCGACUUGAAGCAAGCAAAACGCACACACGACCAGGUUCCAGGCGUUUCCCUCCCUCCCGUUUCCUUUUCAACCAUGACGCAUUUUUAAUUCAGCCACCUCUGCACUAAAAAUGCCUGUUAAGUUCUUAACUAAGGGUGCACUUUAUGUAACUUUACUUAGUUUUUUGUGGUUGAGAUUCAGAGACAGUGUGUGUGUGAUCGGUCACAUCUCCGACCGGUGAUGCCAGACGAUCAUUAUUAUUAUUUUUAUUUGCAAUGCAGUGAUGAAUGAGGAGACGAAGAGCAAACGACGUUUUUAAACCGCUGAGAUGUGUGUGUGUGUGUGUAUAUAUAGACUUUCUAGCACAAGUUGUACAUACUGGCUGGGAUGUUCCUUUCUGUCCAGCUCGGGUUCGUUAGCGAAGCAAGAAGCCAAUCAUAGUCCUUAUCAUUAAAAAUAUUCAGAGAACUAUAAAAACCGCCGGUCUAAUCCGCUGGCCUUGCACACAUUCUGAAAAUACGUCAAAUCUACUGCUACAACAAUAUAAAAAUAAUAAUAAUAAAGACUGAGAUUUUAGUAUCCAGAAGCUCUAUAUUCAGAGUUGAUGUGGAAUAAUGAAAAUAUUCAAGUUAUUUGUAUAUGUGGGAAAGGUUAUAGACCAUUUGUCUGUAACAUUUUAUUUUGGAUGUGUGAUAAAAGAAUAUCUAAGUGAGCCGUCUCCUGUUCACCCUCCUUCACCUGCUACUGGAGAGACGCGAGAUGAAGGCGGAAUCUGUACCAUACUUAAUUUAAUUCUCUUGAGUUGAGGGUGUGUGGUUUCAAGCUGUCUGUGUAUAUUAGUUUGCUGUAAAUAGUCUGAUGCAUGUUCUAUUCUUUCCAUGAGCUCAAGCAGAAACAUGUAUAGCGGUGCCCCCACCCGGCCCCGGCCCCCGCCCCCCCAGCCCCACCCGGUGUGUGUGUGUGUGUGUAUGCGCGAGUGUGUGUGUGAGAUGCAGUGUUUGGAUGGAGACUACCCUUAUGAUUUGUCCUUCAGACCUCGCCACACCGACAGGUUCUUUUCUUUUCUUUUAAUGUAUUUGCUUGCUGAGCAGAGUUCUCUUGUCUGUAAAUGUGAGCUUUCAGAUCGCUGUGAUAAGACGUUUAAUUAAAAACAAUAAAAAAGAAUGUGUUUUUA